AUGCCGCAUAGUUGUGGAAAAUCAUUUCAACUUUUCAUCCAGGAGGAAAAAAGAUACUGCAAUAAGAUGGCUACUGUGGGUGGAAUGAACGAUUUGUCAUCAGAAAUGGAGGUCGAUGCUUUUAGACGUCUUUUUCCUUUACGUUUUCACGAGCGUCACCUUCUUGAGUCGAUUAGGCAGGAUGGCCGGCCACUUGGCAGAGCUAGAGACACUACACUUGUGCUUGGAGCUGUUGCUUCUGCUAAUGGAUCGGCACUAGCAAAGAUAGGUUGCACCACUAUGUUGGCUGCCAUUAAAAUGGAAGUCAUGACUCCGACUGUCGAGGCACCUGAUGAGGGCUGCAUAGCCAUUGAUUUCCACAUGCCCCCCAUUUGUUCUCCACUUGUUCGGCCUGGAAGACCAGCAAAGAUAGCUCCAGUGUUAGCCAAACAAUUAUCCGACACCAUUUUGAGGCAAGGGAUUAAACUUUUUUGGGUUUCUGGCAUGCUUAAUCUGAAAGAACUAUGUUUAGUGGCUGGCAAAGCUGCCUGGAUGGCAUAUUUGGACAUAUACUGUUUGGAUGCUGAUGGUGCCCUUUUCGAUGCAGCUUUGCUUUCUGCAGUGGCAGCCUUCUCACAUUUGCAAAUCCCGAUAGUCUCUCUCAAUGAUGACGGGCGGAUAGUUCUUGUACCGGAGGGUGGAAAAGGAGGAGCCAAGAAGCAAAGAGAACCCGUCAAUAAAGACAAGAGAAAGCUCAAGUUGAAUGUUGUACCAUUUGCAUUAACAUGCGUACUUCACAAGGACUACAUUCUGGCGGACCCCACCUCUGAAGAAGAGUCGAUCAUGGAGACAUAUCUGACGGUGGCAAUUGACUCAUCUUUUCAGCUUGUGUCGUUUAAUAAACCUGGUGGACCAGGUCUGGCACAUACAUCGGCUAUCCAGGACUGCAUAUCGUUGACGAAGCAACGAGUUAAAGAACUUGAGAAGAUCUUGAAUGAAGCAAUUUCUGAUAUGGAAGUCGACUGA